AUGCCGUCCCCGCCCUCAGUCAACGGCGCCAAUGUCAGUGCCAGCACCAGCAGCGUCUGGGCCACGUCGCAGAGCCUCCUCGGCAGCAUGUUCAUGCCGUCUUCUAUACAUACAUCAAGAUUAAAGCUAACAGAGCGCGCACUGGCCGCCAAGCCCCCGUUGCUGUGCCUCGCGAUCGACGCCGCGUCUGCCCAGUUCUCGGCCCCCGCAGCUGACAGGCAGCAGCAGCUCCCGCCGCCGUCGCCGUCCCCGUCGGCACACAUGUCCGCCACGGCGCUGCUUCAGAAGGCGGCGCAGAUGGGCGCCACCUCGUCGAGCUCCUCGUUCCUGCGUGGGCUGGGCCUGGACAUCUCGUCGUCGUCGCCGAUGUCGACGUCGUCAGGUCAGCAUCAACAGCAGCACCACCACCACCAGGAGCCCAUGCAAAUGGAGUUCCCGGAGGGGUCGCUGCAGCAAUGGCCGCCGCGGUUGGAGCCCGAGCCAGCUCCGAUGAUGUCGGCCGGGCUGGGCCUCGGGUUACCAUACGACUCUACCGACGGUCCGAUGGGGUUGCCAGAGCUCAUGAUGGGCCAGUCAUCGCUGUUCAGUGCCAAGUCAGCCACGCUGGACUUCCUGGGGCUCGGGAUGAGCCCCACAGGCGCAACGACGAGCAGGGGCCUCCCUGUGUUCAUGCAGCCCAUGGGCGGCGCGGUCGGCAUGGCCCGGACCGGCAGCGGCGUGGCGGAGACGUUCGGCUUCGGCCGGGGUGCUCAGGCCAAGCCGUGGGAGAGGAACCCGAGCAGCUCGCCGAUCCUGUGA